AAGAUCCACCCAGGUCCUGCGACUGCUGGAGUUUUGUAGUUCCUUUUAACUGUUUAUUUUCCCCAAGAUGAGUUCUUACUCUCCUGUAUUUCCACUUGAUGUGCACGACGCGCGUGGCGAGGGCACCUGUGUGAAACAACAGUUGCUCUUCUCUUGUCCCGUCGAUAACGAUAUUAUGUGGUGCCUGCUCCUGGACCCGCGCAUGUGCGAAGAAGUUCAUAGAAGAAGGAAUUGUUCCCCUCAUCACCAGGAAUCGGACUGUCUGUGGCUUGUUUGUUUGUUUUCCAAUCACUUGUACACGUUUUUCAAUAACGGCUCUCGCUUUAUUUUCGGGAGAUGUCAUCGCAUUCACAGCGAAUCUCCGCCUCCGAUAAGAACGGCGGUGAUCCCAAAAUCAAAAAGAAGGACGUCCAUACAUUUUUUAGAUCUGAUGAACACAAAGACAAAUUGAUCUCCCGAAUACAAAAAAAGUGGUUACUACAGCAGAAAAAGGUAUGCGAAGGGUCAAUCAUAUCAAUGUCUGUUUGUAGAAUUCUAGCUGUUUAACUCUCGUAGUUUAUUCCGUAUCAGUAUCUUCGGCACAACCACAAAAGUUUUUAAGUCCGCACGUUACCGACACUGAAGAGGAGAAGAAGUACAGCGAAACUAAAACUAUGGAAGGAGCCGAAGAAGACUUCUCCGCACCCCCUCCCGCCGCCGAGGAUUCGCCCGAGGAGAACGCCGUCGAUCAGAUGGCACGACCGCGCUCCAACAGUCAGAUGAAUAAGCGGCCGCAGGACGGCGGCGGCGCAACCGACAAAGCGUCGGUCCUCAAGGCCAGGCGCAUAUCUGACGACGCAAGACACGCUGGCUUGGCAUUGCCCAGCACAGCAGCGGCUGCAGUAGACUUGUCUACUUCGUCCAAGAAGGUACAACUUGGAGGCACAACCACAGCUAAUGCUACUACAACAAAUCCUACGGCGGGAAUGAUAAACAAGCCCGAGUUGUCUUCAUCCCCUCCUGCACAACAACUGGAUUCUACUUUAUUGAACGCCGGAGGAGGUGCAGCCGCGGCUGAAAUGGUUUCAAAGCUGUUGGCGACUGCGCUUGGCGGCAAUAACGCAAGUAGCAGUGCACUUCUUCCGGCUAGUACGCCGGGAAGUUCUACUUCCGACGAUGUAACCAAGACGCUGAAGUCCCUGGGUUCCCUGCUUACCACACUGGGGGAGACCACGGAGCUGGCCACCAAAACCGCCGAGAAGCAGUCGGUGUUCGGGAAAAUUGCAAAAUCCCUGGUGAAGAUCUACAACACCGCCGCAAGUUACGACUAUGACAACCCGUGGUCGGCGCCCAAGCAGGGCCAGGGCAGCGGCAGCGGGUUCUUCAUCACUGGAAACCGGAUCGUGACCAACGCCCAUGUGGUUUCUAACACGACGUUCAUCCAGCUGCGGAAAGCCGGCACGAGCCGCAAGUACCCGGCAAAAUUACGAAGAAUCCUGCACUAUGCUCUGCAAAAGUAUCGUACUAGUAGUAAUUGCAUUACAAAUUGGCUCAGCAUGAAAAAUGGAAUUUGUCAUGCUGUUUAACCGUGGGAUGGAGAUUUGUAAUGCAUGACUGCGAUUACUACGAGUGCGAUACUUUUGCACAGGAUAUGCACUCGGUGGACCUGGCGAUUUUGGAACUGGACGCGGACGCGAUUUUGUCCGGAACUACACGGCCCUCGAAGCGGUCCAAGAAGAAUAAACUCGCAGUAGCAGAACCAGCAGCGAGCGGCAACGAGGGUAGUACGACAGGAGGAAAUCCUGAUGCUGCUGCAGUUGCGGCCUUGAAUAAUAGCAACAAUGCGAGCAGUAGCGAGCAGCAAGACCCAGAAACGGCAAAGAAAGUGAUGGACGAACAGCGGGAGAAAGUGCUGCAAAGCUUCUUCAAAGACACCAUCACACUGAAGUUCGGGGAAACCCCACGGGUGGGGGACGAAGUCUUCGCGUACGGCUUUCCCUGGGGCGGAGAAGAAAUGAGCUUGACGAAAGGUAACCUUUGUUUCCUGAUAGCUGAGCUAGCGCUUUGCAGUGAAAACUUCUCUUCACCUUGCAAUUAAAUGAGAACAUGAUAGUACUUUUUUUUGAUGCACAAGAGGCACCAUGGCAAAUGAAAUGAAAACAAAUCUCAAGGAUAGAACCAAGACCAACGAGACGAAGUAGCCGGUACAGAAAUUAAAAACCCCAGCAAAUUAUCUGCCUUUCGAAUUUCAGGUGUCGUUUCCCGGGUCGAGAUGAACGAAACUGCUCACGGCGGCGGGUCUGAGGUUCUCAGCUGCGACAUGGAUACGGCGAUUGUCGGGGGCAACUCGGGCGGUCCGGUGAUUGGCGAUAAUGAGGAGGUUAUGAACUGCAAAAGCAUCGCACUAGUAUAAAUUGCAAUACAAAUUAGCAUUAGCUCAGCAUUACAAAUUAAAUUUGUAAUGCGGAUUUACCUUAACAACCUAGAUUUGUAAUGCAUAACUGCAAUUAGUACGAGUGCGAUACUUUUCCAGUGCAUAGAAGUCGUGGGCGUGGUGUUCCAGGGCUACGACAACAAGCCGGGGGGGUACAUGAUUGCGGUCGACGUGCUCAAGCGCGUCAUCGCGUUGGACGACGAAGAUCGAAAUUUGGUUAUGGCGUUCUCAAACGGAAACGUUACAUUCUCAACUGUUACAUGAAUUUGUAAUGCAAGACUAGCACAGGUGAGAGCAGAGGGAGAACCUUGCGCGUCUUGCAUUACAGGUUUGAUCCGGAUUACAGUGCUAUUUAGCCUUUCGAGAAUUUGUCAUGCGAAGCAGCUUGAUCGUCUGGCGGGUCAUGGUCAUUCUGCAUGACAAAUCAUGUAACAGUUGAGAGUGUAACGUUUGAGAACCCCAUAUUGGUGACGCCGGACGUCGGGAUUAACGUGCAGAGGCUGGAAAACAAAUCCUUCCGCCGCGCACUCGGUUUGGAGUGCCUGGAUCACGAAUCGAAAGCCGAGGAAGCAAGUGCGAAGGGUGAGGCCGUGGUCGGAGCGGGUGUUGUAGCGGAACAAAACGUAAUAUCCGAGGUCACGACGAAAGCGGGGAUCCUGGUGACGGUGACGAAGCACCACGAAAUCUCUCCGAAAUCGCUCGAGGGCGGCGUGAUGGUAUCAAAGAUCGGGGAGUAUUCGCCCCUCUUCGGCGUCUUGGAGCCGAAGGAUGUUCUGCUGCAGGUGGGGGCCUACCCGGUGGGAGAGAACGGGACCAUCGAGCUCAGAAAAGGCGAGCGCACCCGCUGGACCCACGCGUGCUACACGGGGAAAACCCUGGGCGAGUCGGUGUACUUCAAGUGGUUUCGGGAUGGUAUGAAGAUUUAAUUUUAAUUUUCUCAGUGCACGACGUUCAACUUGAUUUAGUGCAGCUGCAUUCAGUCAUGAUACAACAGCUUAGCCGUCGUAGUUUGUAGAUCCGCGUCCACCUACUUCCGGCCUCAAUCACCUGCAGCUUUCCCUGCUGCUUCAGAGAUCUUGAACGCUCCGUGGAGAUGCACCAUAUGCAAAAGCAGAUGAUAAGCAUAACCUACGUAAUCUCGACACACAGGCGCCAUUCACUCCGCGACGGUGGCUUUGACCCAGCGUCCCGCCGAUUUGCGGUACGCGGUAGAGUAUGCAUUGCAAAAGUAUCGUACUAUUUAUAAAUUGCAUGACAAAUUUGGCAAGAAGGAAAGUGGAAUUUGUAAUGCUGUUUUGCCUUAGGAAAAAUAUUUGCCAUGCAUAUUUGCAAAGAGUACGAGUGCGAUACUUUUGCACAGGAUAUAGAGCACCUGUACGACGUGCGACCGAGAUUUGUGCUGCGCGGGGGCGUUGUGUUCCAACCCUUCACGCGGAACCUGGCGCUCAAGGGCGCGUGGGCGCGGGCCCGGAUCAAGAAGUUAAUGGUGGAUUACCGCACAGAGGAAAACCCACAGUAUGUGCUCUGCACCAAAGUCCUCCAAGCCGACCUAACCGCUGGGUACGCCCACCGAAACUUGAUCGUCGAGCGGAUCAACGGGCUGACCAUACACACGCUGGAGGAUGUUAUCAGGGCGUUUGACCACUUUCCCACGGGAGAGCAGGAGGUGAAAGGAAAGGCUGGCACCGCUCCGGAAGAGCACCCGCCAAAAUCCGAUGCAGUCGUCUCCUCCGGGGUCGCCGAGAGUGCCAACGAAAAAGAAGACGACACACACAACGACCAAGAAGCCCUGACCCCCCGGCAGGCGCUCAAGGCGGCUUUGGAGUUCAAAGCGCCGGGAGUGGAGACGGAAAAACAAUCUUCCGAAACAUCCAAAGACCAGAAUCCGCAUGUCGUCAAUGCGGUUGCGGGUGCAGAUACUGACAAAAAACCUACUUCAACAACAGGUCAAGAGAAAGAGGCGAAAGACGAAAAGCCGACGACUGUCACCACAGUGACUCAAAGCCAGACCGAAGAGAAGAAGGAAAAAACUUACACGAUCGAGAUGGAGGGCGGAGUUCUCUUGGUGUUGAUCUCAAGUGACUUGAUGACAGAAACAAAGAAGAUCGCGGCGACCUACCACGUUCCCCUGCUGGAACACUUGUAG